AUUCAUACCAGACAACGACAAGCUCGCGAUUGAUCCAGAAGUACAAGAGGAUACGAGACCGAUACGAGAACAAAUUUUAGAUGCGCUGUUAACCAUCAUUGUGAAUUCGGAUCCGCACUUCAUCACACGCGUGUCACCGAAAAGAAUUAUUUCAUGGAUGUGCUGAUGGAACGAUUCAGUAAUCGAACGGAUGCUAUUGUCGCGAAACUGCUCGAAAACGCAACUGAACAAAAGUCCCCUCCAGCUCAAUCAUCCAGCAUGGUUUACAGUGCUUACAAUUAUCUUUUUGCGUCUCGGACGGGAUCUGCCGGGGAUGCUGAUUCGUUGCCGGUCGCCGAUCGGAGCUUGCUGCUGUUGCUGUUACUGGCCACGCAGCGUUCUUCAAAUGGCGAAUGGGCAGGCUACCGACACGCAUUAAAAGGGCUGCGCGAUCAUCACGUCCUGUCAUCGGAUUUGGAAAAUAUGGAUCAGAAAAUUCACUUGAUCUCUUACAAAGAAAUGUUUGAACUGUUUUGUCGAUCGCUGGCGAAUGAAGAACGGAUGUUAUUGUUUUAUCUCAUGUUGAUUGAAAACGAAUCUUUCCGUGUAUAUGUGCUGUCACGCACUGACCCUGAAAUAAUUUAUAUACCCAUGCUGAAGUUGAUUUAUGAAUCCAUCGAGGGCAAGACCAACUAUUCUCAGCUAUAUGUACUUUUAACGUGUCUGCUGAUUUUCAGUCAAGACGAUGUGAAUAAUGAAACAAUACAAAAAAUUAUGUCCAAUAAUUUAGCAUGGUUCACAGAACGACCGCUUCUCAAAAGCAUAUCACUCGGUGGAUUAGUGACGCUGGUGUUGAUCCGUACUCUACAGUUGAACUUAUCCCAUCAAAAAGACAUAUACUUUCAUACCAAUUGUUUGGCAAUCCUCGCCAACAUGUCGAGCGCCAUGCUGGAUAUGCAUGCCUAUGUUGCUCAACGAAUCAUCAGCUUAUUUGAAUUGAUUGCACGACGAUAUCAGAAAUUUACGGCUAAAAUGCAAGAAACAGGCGAGGAAGAUGUGUCAGUUUUUGAAGACCUUUUGGCGCUGAUGUUGGAGAUUAUCAAUUGUGUCUUGUCUCAUCGUCUGAAAAACAAUAUCCAGCUGGUGUACGUGCUGUUACUUAAAAGGGAUAUUUUUGCCCCUUUCCGGUUGCAUACGCGCUUUUCCGACCUCAUCUAUAAUAUUGAACAAGUGAUCAAUUAUUUCAAUGGACGUGUGUCGGAUGCCAAUCUGAAAGCGCCAUCGACUUCGGAAGUGUUGCGCGUAAUUGAACAGGCCGCCAGGACGUGGUCACCGAAUCAGCUAAAAUCUCUACCGGAUCUCAAAUUCCAAUACGAAGAGGAAAUGGAUGCUCGCGAAUUUUUCUUGCCCUAUAUCUGGGCGCUCAUUCACCGAAGAACGUUUAUUUACUGGAGCGAAGAAAAGGCCCACAUUUUACAAGAGUACCGGCUGCUCAACAUGGAUACGGCCGACGAUGGUGACCCUCAUCACGAGAAAUGAAAGCAAAAAGGAUAGAUAAUCAUCGCAACAUAUCACGUCACCACAAACCCAUCUUACAUCCUUUCCCCUCUUCGUCACUACCUCUAUAUAUUAGUCUAAUCCAUUUUGUACAAAAACAAAAUACAAUUAUCCAUUGGGUUGCCUAUGUAACGUUACUGUUACC